UUGCUAAACGACAGUACAAAGAAUGUUGUUCAAACUCGUAUUCACCAUCUUCUUCGUCGUCUCUUCAUCUCGAGGGACUAUCACAGUAGGUGCGACGGAGGCUACGCCCACGAAGCCUGGGCUUUUGCACUAACAUAUGGCGUGGUCACUGGUGGAGGAUAUAAAGCAAAGGGAGUCUGCAGACCGUAUCCUUUCCAUCCGUGUGGCUUUCACCACGGACAGUUUUACUCUUGCCCACGAGACCAUGAGUAUGUAACGCCGGUGUGCAAGAAAUAUUGCCAAUAUGGAUAUGGAAAGCGUUACGAAAAGGACAAGAUUUUUGCAAGAACUGCACGCAUUCUUGAUACCGACGAAAAAGCGAUUCAAAAGGAAAUUAUGAUAAAUGGACCAGUUCAAGCCGCUUUUACCGUUUAUGAAGACUUCUCCUUCUACAAAAAAGGAAUAUAUGUGCACACUGGUGGCAAAGAAACUGGAGGACAUGCUGUGAAAAUCAUCGGAUGGGGAGUCGAAAAUGGCACGAAGUACUGGACUAUCGCAAACUCAUGGCAUGACGACUGGGGAGAAGACGGUAUCAUUUCCUACUGCACUGCUCUUGCUUUCAGGAAAUAA